AAAGUUUCGCUCGACUCAUUUACAAUCCUACCUGUAGAGAUUAUUGUUAAUCUUUACAGUAUGUCAUAUGGUCUGAAGAGAAUAGACAACAACUUAGACUGAAAUAUAUAUAUACAGAUUAAAACAUCAAAUAAGAAUUUGACGGGCGAGAGAUAAACACAAUGAGUCGAGCAGUGCCUCCUGAUUGGGCGAGUGCUUACUUUGAGGGAAGGGAGGGGAAGGGAAGGGUAGGGAAGGCGAGCGACAACAGUCACACUCGCAAUUGCCUGUUGCACUCCGCCACUGCCCUUCCACUCCAUUCAGAAACCGACCGACGUUGCAAUCUCUGGUUAAUUGCGACCCCGCCAAUUAACAGCCGCUUUAAGGUGGACGACUAAUCUAAUUAACAUCUUUAUUUCAGUCCUGUAUUAAUAUCAUCCUUCUUCGAAAUAUAUAAAUAUAAUUUCUCCAAUUUCUUCUUCUGGUCGCCAUCACAAAUGAAUCCAUCAUCCAUGGCCCCCGUGAUCGCCCUUCGCUAGCUAGUUAUCAUAAAUGGGACGGCUCCUGUUGGAGUUAAUCGUCUUCUUCGGAGAAAAAUGAAACCCCAAUCGCCAUUCUCGAUCUACACGAGCCGCCAACACCUCAAACUUCUCUCGGGGCUUCUUCUCUUCGCCUUAGGCUUCGGUUUCGGCAUCAUCUCCAGCUUCUACUUCGUCAGCAGUGACGCCUGGACUUCUCCUCCCCCCCUGCUGGAAUUGACCUCGCGACCUUCUGCGAUCGCGAUGUCAUCCGCGGCGGCGCCAGCGCGGCCAGUCGAUCGCAGCACGGCUGCAUCGAAAUCGCCGAGCGAGGCGACGAUGCACGGCAUGACAGAGGAGGAGCUGCUGUGGAGGGCGUCCAUGGUGCCGAGGAUCCAAAGGCCGCCGUCGGCGGAGAGCAAGCCGAAGGUGGCGUUUUUGUUCCUGACGAGGGGGGAGCUGCCGCUGGCUCCGCUGUGGGAGAAGUUCUUCGAGGGGAACGAGGGAUUGUACUCUGUUUACGUCCAUGCCAAUCCGGAAUUCAAUGGUUCAGCGCCGCCCAAGGGAUCGGCUUUCUACGGAAGAAGAAUUCCCAGCAAGAGAGUGACGUGGGGUGGGAUGGACAUGAUGGAAGCGGAGCGGCGGCUGCUGGCCAACGCCCUCCUCGACUGGGACAACCGGCGAUUCGUGCUUUUGUCGGAGUCCUGCAUCCCGCUCUUCGACUUCCGCACCGUCUACUCCUACCUCGUCGAUUCCGCCCGCGUCCACGUGGAGUGCUACGAUCUGCCCGGCUCCACCGGACGCGGCCGCUUCCCGGCCCGCCUCCGCCCUCACCUGACCCCGCGCCAGUGGCGCAAGGGCUCGCAGUGGUUCGACAUCGACCGCGACCUCGCGCUCGAGGUCGUGUCGGACACCGCCUUCUUCCCGCUCUUCCAGCGGCACUGCGGAGCCCGGUGCUUCGCCGACGAGCACUACUUGCCGACGCUGGUGAACGCGAGGUUCCGGCACCGGAACCAGAACCGGAGCUUGACGUGGGUGGACUGGUCGAGGGGCGGGUCGCACCCGGCCAGAUUUCGGAGAGGAAGCGUGACGGCGGAGUUGCUGGAGAAGAUGAGGAACGGGAAUCGGUCCUGUCGCUACGACGGGCGGAGAAGAGGGGCGUGCUUCUUGUUCGCGAGGAAGUUCUUGGCCGAUUCUCUGGAUCGGCUGCUAGGGAUUGCGCCCAGCCUCAUGGGUUUCAACCUCAACGCGGGUAAAAAAUUGAGGGGAAUCGAUUCCAUCCACUGAUUUUUCCUUUUUUGUUUUUUCCAGACAAUAAAAAUAGAAUAUCCAUGCACAUCAA